UGGUUUCCAUGGGGAAUGUUCGGUCACUAAAGGGUUCAAUUCACCAAGUCUCCGCCCACUCCCAUAACCCCUCUGUGAUUCCUUCUCCCUAUGUAAACAAACAAAAGACAGGAAGAUGGCGACACUACCGGAGAUACGGACUCUUCUCCGUGCCGCCAUCUUGUGAAGUCCUAGACACCUGCAGUUAUGGGCCGACUGGAUGAUCAGGCAAAGCACAGGAUCGUGGUGUUGAGGAAAGCCGGUCUGAGCUUCCGUAAAAUCAAAAAGGUCCUUGAGUUGGACAAUAUAAAGGUGACCCCACAAGCCAUCUACCUCUACCUGAAACGUAAGAAUAUAGAACCUGAGAAGUCUUGUGGUGCUCCCCAGAACCUACCUGCAAAAGGACAACCAUGGGAACAAGCCCAGCUCUGGAGCCUUCUACAGGACAAUGGUGGCCAGAAAAGGGAGGGGGCUUCUCAGGUACCCAGUGCCCAGCAAACCACCAGUGACCUGAAACCACAAGAUGGCAAAGAAGAAGGGAUAAAGAUUGUGAGUGUGACUUCUCUUUCUCAAGGAAAUCCAUCCCUGGAGCCACCAACCAGUGUAUUAAGAACUGUGCCUCAAGGUCAGACGGUGUCACAAGGACCGCGGGUUCAGGAGACACGAUCCUGUACUAUCCGUCCUACCCAGCAUCCCCCACUGAGUGCGACUCGCCCCAACCCUACAUAUCUAACAUCUCAUAAUCACAUUAAUGGGAGAGCAAGGACACCGCUGCCCAUACCCAGGAACCCAGCGCUGCUUGUCACAAAGAAGUUAGUAGACAAAGCCAUCACCUUACAGAAGAAGGUAAUAUUUCAAAAUGGAGGUCAGACCCCGAAUCAGGGAGGACAAUAUACACUUUCUGCAACAAGCCAUCAGCAUCCUGUAAGACCUGAGGUCAAAGGAAGCACUCAGAUAAAAGACGCGAGCACACAGACGGCACCGUCCUUUCCUCCAGCCAAGGCAGAAGUAAGUGCAGAACAAUUGGACUCCAUAAGAGGGGAGCUGCACAGGAUGACGCAAGUCAUGCAGACCCUUAUAGAAAGGCAGAACCGGUGGGAACAAGAACAGAUGAGGCAACGGCAGUGCAACCACCAGGAGGUGCUAUCACAGAUCCAACAGCUGGGGGCAAAGCUUUCUCAGACCUGUAUGCCGUUCAGCAAUGGCCAAGAGACUGAGCCUCCGCUGCCCGAUUUUGGACACUUCAAGAUGGAACUAUUGUAGAGCAGACGACGCUCGAGUCUUGAAAGAGGACAUAAGAGCUCAGGACCCCGGUCCUGAGAUCUUAUGUCCUCUUUCAAGACUCGAGCGUCGUCUCUAUGUGUUAUAUGAGGCUAUGCUGUGGAUAUGUUCUUAUACAUUCCACUGUACAGCUAGUGUCCGAAUUAAAGCGCUUUCCUUUUCGUAGAUGGAGAAGACAUCUGCAUCAUCAGUCAUUGGAACCCCCAGUAGAUACAGAGAGGAGGCUGAUCAGAGGACAACAGAUACGGAGGACAAUAGAACCUCUUAGGGCUGUGUUUCCCAACCAGUGUGCCUCCA